AUGAUUACAAUCAAUAAUGAAACUAAUGAAGAGAAGAUUCUCAUAUAAUAGUAAUUUAGUGCAACACCUUAAUAAAAUGAGCAUGGAUAGGAAAAAGAAAUCCAAUUUCAAAAGGUACUUGAUAUAGUCAGGUAAAGUGAUUCCAAUUAUUUCAAAUAUCCACCUGAUUUAAAUUUAGCAUAAUUGCAUAAAUAAGCGUAUUACGUAUGUCCAAACUAAGAAGUAAUCAACAAAUACUAAUUUAAUGCAUGUCCUUGUUGCAAGUAUUAAAUUUAAAUAUUCCUAGCAAAACUAUCAAUAAAAAAUAAUUUAAUUGGCUCACUUCUGAUUUUUAUGAAUAAAUGAUUGAUGAAUAUGGUAUUGUGGUUCCACUUUACUUCACUUUAAUGAAAUUUUAAGUGAUAAUCUUUAUCUUAGUCUUUUGUAUAUAUGGAAUUAUUUUUAUGAAGACUGUGCAUAAAAUUUGUGAUCCAUAGCGUGAUUAUGAAUAAUAAUGUGAUGAAAAUUUUACAUAUUAUUGCAAAAUGUGUGAAUUUAGUGAGAAUUAUCACUUUAUUGAUAUAGUAAAUCUUUAGUAAUAUUUCUCAAAUCAAGCAGAUAAUGAUGUAAAAAAUUAUUUUGGAUUUGCUGCAUUUUUUGUUUUCUUUAUUAACCUACAUUUGCCAUUUUUAUAUGAUUUGUUAAUAUCAUAUAUGUAAUUUAUUUAAGUGAAAUUAGAGAAAUUAAAUAUUGGAAGAGAGAGCCUUGUCAUAGACAAACAGAAACUAAGAAUUCAAUUUAUGUUCGACAUUUAUAACAUAAAAUGCCACCUAAUGAAAUAUUUGCUUUAAUCAAAAGAUGCGUUGAAAAACACCCAAACUAAGAAAUUGCUACUUAAUCUAAGUAAUAAUAUCAUAAAUUUAGUAAAUUGAACGACCCAUUGUUCAAAGAAAUAAUUUACAUAUAUGAUGUUGAAUAGUUGAUAAAGUUUGCAUCAAUAAGAGAGGCAGUUUUGAUUGAAAUAAUUUAAAAUCUAUAGAAUUACACAAAAUAUUGUUUAUAAAAAGAUUUUGCUUAAUAAAAUAAUUGUUUAACUAAAUUAGAGAAUAAUUUAACAUUACUUGAGGAUAUUAAUAAUAAAAUAUAAAAAGAAACUGGAAAUAUUUAAUUUAAUUAAUUAACAAUAGAUUCGUUAAGAAAUAUUGAUUCAUUAUAAUUUAGCAAGAAGGCAAUUAUUCAUUUUACUGAUAAAUAAGUUUUUAAUUUAAUUCAUUCUAAUUUUAAAAGAACAUUUCUAUAAGAUUUGAAAAUUAAAUUCAAAUUUAUUGUUCAUCCUAAAUUAAAUGAUAAAAUAGCUGUUAAAAAAUCAUUUCGAAUUAAUGGUUUGUUUUGGAAUAAUCUAGGAACUAAAAGUAUAGAUCGAGUAAUAUAAAAAUGCAAAUCAAUCGUGGUUAUGAUCUUUGCAUGCGCAAUUUUAAUGGUUGCAUAUGAAUUUAUAUAUCUUUAUGUAAAUGACCCAGAAUUUUAAACUAACAAAGAAACUGGAAGACUCACUUAAGGAGAAAAAGCAGCUACUAAUAUUUUUACAAUACUUGUUCCAAUAAUUACAACUAGUGCUAUUCUUGCUGUUAUCAUUAAUUAAAAGAAGGCGAAAAAAAAUACAUUUGCUCAUUAAGAACGAGGCUUUAUGCAUUUUUUAAUUGUUGUAAAUUAUCUAUUAGUCACAUUUGUUCCAUAUUUAUUUACUUUUGAGUUAUGGAAUGGAAAAGAAAAUCCACCUGCAAUCUAUAAUUUAAUAUCACUUACUUAAAACAAAUUAAUAACUAAGCAUUUAUUUCAUAUGUUCCAUGUUAGAUUUAUUUCAUCUUUAUUAAAAUCAAGAAAAGCUCUUAAAAAUUAUUUGUAAUAUUUUUAAGGAUAAUUAAAUUAAAUGUUAACUCCUCCAUUUUUCCCAUAGAGAAGUAGAAAUUGUAAUGCUCUUUAUAGUAUUACAAUAGGAUUAUGUUUAAUAUAUGUUUGUCCACUAAUAACUUUAAUUUGCUUUUUCUUUAAUAUAUUUAUGUACAUAUUUGAUAGAUAUACUAUCACUCAUAUUUAUGCCAUUGAUAAAAGAUUUACUCUUAUAUUAAUGAGACAUUAAAUCAAAGUUUAUUCUAUUGCAUUCUAUCCGAUUAAAAUAUAUUUAUUUAUUAAAUUAUUUUGGGAUUUUGAAUGGCUUAUUUAUGCUGGUUUGCCUGUCUGUAUAUCAAUUAGUCUACUCAAUAUUAUCUUUAGAAAAUAGAUAAUAAAUUUUAUUUUGUUGACAAUAUUUUAAAUGAAAAAAAUGGAUCCUAAUUAAAAUGAUUAAAUAACAUAUUCAGAAGAUUAUAUAAAUUAUCUUAAAAGUAUAAAUUAUUGUUUUAUUUAAAGAUUUAAAAAUAGACGAAACCAAUAAAAUUACUUGGCAAAUAUUGAAUUUAUAUAAAAAGAUUUGA